CGGCUUUCUCUCUCCCUUUGAGAACACGUUGUACUAAAAAGGGAGAAAAAAAGCCCAACACACAAACCAACUUCAAAAGGCUGAGAGGUCGGAAAUAAUCAAGCACUGGGAGGCUGUCGGGGGUGUGGGAGUAGCCUUCCAUCAUUUGAAAAACAGAAUCUGUUCUGCCAGACAGUCAGAAGAGGCAGGCAGAAUGUCUGAGAAGCCAACGAGAAUCGCCAUCGUAAACCACGACAAGUGCAAGCCCAAGAAAUGCAGGCAGGAGUGCAAGAAGAGCUGCCCAGUCGUUCGGAUGGGUAAACUAUGCAUAGAAGUCACAUCACAGAGCAAAAUUGCGUGGAUCUCAGAGUCUUUGUGCAUCGGAUGUGGUAUCUGCAUCAAAAAAUGCCCUUUUGGGGCUCUGUCCAUCGUAAACCUGCCGAGCAACCUGGAGAAAGAGACAACCCACAGAUACUGUGCCAACUCCUUCAAGCUUCACAGGUUGCCUAUUCCUCGACCUGGUGAGGUUUUGGGGCUGGUUGGCACUAAUGGUAUUGGGAAGUCAACGGCUCUGAAGAUCUUAGCAGGAAAACAGAAACCAAACUUGGGAAAGUAUGAUGCUCCUCCAGACUGGCAGGAAAUCUUGACCUACUUCCGAGGUUCUGAGCUGCAGAACUAUUUCACCAAGAUUCUGGAGGACGACUUGAAGGCUAUUGUGAAACCCCAGUAUGUGGACCAGAUCCCAAAAACAGUGAAGGGGACUGUGGGAUCCAUCCUGAGCAGGAAAGAUGAUACGAAGUCAGAGGAUAUUGUUUGUGACCAGCUUGACCUGACCCAUCUCAGAGACAGGAAUGUGGAGGACCUGUCCGGAGGAGAGCUGCAGCGUUUUGCCUGCGCCGUGGUGUGUAUCCAGAGAGCUGACAUUUUCAUGUUUGAUGAGCCGUCCAGUUACUUGGAUGUGAAGCAGCGUCUCAAGGCUGCUAUCACCAUUCGAUCCCUCAUUACCCCGGACAGAUAUAUUAUAGUAGUAGAGCAUGACUUGAGCGUGCUGGACUACCUGUCUGACUUCAUCUGUUGCCUGUAUGGAGUGCCGAGUGCAUACGGAGUGGUCACGAUGCCUUUCAGCGUUCGAGAAGGGAUCAACAUCUUUCUGGAUGGGUACGUGCCCACCGAGAAUCUGCGCUUCCGGGAAACAUCUCUGGUGUUCAAGGUGGCAGAAACCGCCAACGAGGAAGAGAUUAAGAAAAUGUGCCGCUACCAGUACCCCCACAUGAAGAAGGCCAUGGGCGACUUCCAGCUGGAGAUCGUGGAGGGCGAGUUCACGGACUCGGAGAUCAUGGUCAUGUUGGGGGAGAACGGUACUGGUAAAACAACGUUCAUCAGGAUGCUAGCCGGCCGUCUUAAACCCGAUGAAGGAGGGGAGGUGCCAGUCCUGAAUGUCAGCUACAAACCACAGAAGAUCAGCCCCAAGUUCAAAGGGAGUGUCCGACAGCUCCUUCAUGAAAAGAUCAGAGAUGCUUACACCCACCCACAGUUUGUAACUGACGUCAUGAAACCCAUGCAGAUCGACAGCAUCAUCGAUCAAGAUGUCCAGAACCUGUCUGGAGGAGAGCUGCAGCGGGUGGCUCUCGCACUCUGCUUGGGCAAGCCGGCUGAUGUCUACCUGAUCGACGAGCCCUCGGCCUACCUGGACUCUGAGCAGCGUCUGAUGGCUGCCAGGGUCAUCAAGCGAUUCAUUCUCCACGCUAAGAAGACUGCCUUUGUGGUGGAGCACGAUUUCAUCAUGGCGACCUACCUGGCUGAUCGAGUGAUUGUGUUUGAUGGUAUUCCAUCUAAAAGUACUCUUGCAAACACGCCACAGACACUGCUUGCUGGAAUGAACAAGUUCUUAGCACAGCUGGAGAUCACCUUCCGUAGAGAUCCUAACAACUUCCGACCAAGAAUCAACAAGAUGAAUUCCAUUAAGGAUGUGGAACAGAAGAAGAGUGGAAACUACUUUUUCUUGGAUGACUAGAGCCAGUCUUGAUAAGCAUUUCCAUCAUAGUACAGACUACAUUUAUCAGCAGAACAAGAUGCAGGUCCAGCUUCAUUGACCCUAAACUGGGGUGUGUUAAUUAAACCCCUCUAUUCCACCCUGGCCUGGAUGGCAGUGUAGCUGAAAUCCCUCCUUUGUCCUUCAGUUUGGGUUCCCAGUUAGGGGGUAUAGGACUAGAUUUGAGUAAUGACUGAAACAUACCAAAGGAGAUGUUGAAAUUGAGUCUAAAUUAUCCUAAAGAUUUGGUUGGCGGCCCUUUAUUGUAAAUCGCUGAAUACACUUUAACUUAAGAGUUUCUAUGUCCCUAGUGUUUUCCUGAAGUAAAGAAUUAAAAGAGGUCGCUAUUAUUUAUGGGGACCUAACUCGAUCCCGUGUCUGCUAUGAAUUGGAAUGGGGGGUCAGUGUGAAGCAUAACCAGCCAUUUAUUUUUAAAGUGAUGCAUUAACUGUUGAUGAAUAAAACAACUCUGUUUUAAUGAA